AGGGAGAGCCUUUUAUAACCACGAGCUUUUGACCUACAGCAGCUGCUCAUGGAGAAGCUCAAUUCAGACUCGGGCUGUGACUCUGUGACUGAUACAGAAACAGAAGACGAGAAGAAUCCAGUUUACUCCCACAGAAUUACCAUGAGUGAAGAACAUGGAUCAUCCAAGAGCACUGGGGACCAUCCAGUGGUGCAGCCUGACCGCAUACAAUGUGGGGUGCAGACAACAGUUUAUAUUAUCAUGAAAUGUAAACUAGAUGGUGAUAUGAAAACUGAAGUUGAAUUCUCUCCAGAGAAUGCGUCCUCUGUGCGUGUGCUGGCUGAGAUGGAGAAUGAGUACACAAUCUCUGUGAAGGCUCCAAAUUUAACCUCUGGGACAGUGCCUCUGCAGAUAUAUUCAGGGGACUUGAUGGUUGGAGAAGCAAGCAUCACUUACCACACUGAUAUGGAAGAAAUCAGCAGUCUGUUGGCUAAUGCAGCCAAUCCUGUACAGUUCAUGUGCCAGGCUUUUAAAAUUGUGCCAUACAGCAUAGAAGCACUGGACAAACUGUUGACUGAGUCACUUAAGAAGAACAUUCCUGCCAGUGGUUUACACCUGUUUGGAAUCAACCAGCUGGAAGAAGAAGAUAUGGCAGCAAAUCAGAGGGAUGAAGAGUUGCCAACACUGCUUCACUUCUCUGCAAGAUAUGGACUGAAGAACCUCACUGCCUUGCUGCUUACAUGCCCUGGAGCACUGCAGGCCUACAGUGUAGCCAACAAGUAUGGCCACUAUCCAAACACCAUAGCAGAAAAGCAUGGCUUUAAGGACCUCCGCCAGUUCAUUGAUGAAUAUGUGGAAACUGCAGAUAUGCUGAAGAGUCACAUUAAGGAAGAGCUGAUGCAAGGCGAGGAGGAUGAGGCUGUUUAUGAGUCCAUGGCUCAUCUGUCCACAGAUCUGUUAAUGAAGUGUUCCUUGAAUCCUGGCUCUGAUGAAGAGCUUUAUGAAUCCAUGGCUGGAUUUGUCCCUGGUGCUCCAGAAGAUCUUUAUGUAGAGAUGCUUCAGUCCAAACCAGACACUCCAGUUGCUGGAGAUGAAGUUUCUCUAACUACAAAAGACUCAAUGCUCCGCAAGUUUUUGGAAGGCAGUAGCAUGGAUGUGCCAGAUUCAGAGGAAGGAGUUUAUGAGCAGGAUGCUGAAGAUGUAUACUACUCAGUGGAACAAGAUUCUUUUCCACAGGAGAUGGCUAACAGACCUCCAGUUCCUGUUCCAAGACCAGAAUCUACCUCUCCACAGCCAGACAAUGAGCUGUACAUCUCUAAAAUUUUUGCACAGAAAGCUCGAAGACCUGAGAAUCUUUAUGUCCCUAGAGGAAGAGUUAAGAAAGAGACAGUAGUCAGGCCUGUAAGGGACCUGUCUCAAUCAAGCAUAUAUGAUCCAUUUGCUGGAAUGAAAACUCCAGGUCAACGACAGCUGAUUACAUUACAGGAGCAAGUGAAAUUGGGCAUACUCACAGUGGAUGAAGCUGUACUUCAUUUUAAGGAGUGGCAACUGAACCAGAAAAAGAGAUCAGAAUCAUUCCGUUUCCAGCAGGAAAACCUGAAACGCUUACGAGACAGCAUAACCAGGAGGCAAAUGGAGAAGCAAAAGAAGGACAAAAGUGCAGAUUUGGAAAUUACAGUACCGAUUCGACGUUCUCAUAAUACUUUGGGGAAACCGGAAUGUGGAAUAUAUGAAUACACCCCCAGGAAAAAUGUUUUUCCACCAAAAAAGGAGUUAAAGCGAGGAGACUGGAAAACAGAAAGCACAUCCAGCACAACAAGUAGUGCAAGUAACCGCUCAAGCACUCGGAGCAUACUGAGUGUCAGCAGUGGGAUGGAAGGGGACAGUGAGGACAAUGAAAUCACAGAAACAACUAGGAGCCGCAGCCCGGUUGCCCACCAAGCAGAGAGGUUGCCUUUCCCAGAGAGGCCUCCCAGAGUGCCUCCUCGAGGUGCAAGCAGGCCUGUAAGCUGUGAAGGCUUUUAUCCUCCACCUGUGCCCCCAAGAGGUCGCUGAAUCUCUCAACAUCUGUGGAAUACGAGCUUUUUCCUGUUUAUAUGUGUGUUUGUACAGAUAUUUUUGGGUUGUCUUAAAUUAUUUAUAAGUGGGACCCAAAUGUUUUUAA